GGGACGUGGGCGGGCUCAGUGGCUCGGAAGCCCGAUGGAGGCGCUGGUGGCGGCGAUGCGGCGGCUGCUGCGGCGGUACCGGGACUUCGUGCUGGGGAGCCCGGCGGGGGCGGCGCAGCUGGAGGGCGGCGUGCGGACCGCCUCCUACCUCAUCGCCGGCCGAUUUGCUGAUUCGCAUGAACUCUCCGAGCUGGUGUAUUCGGUAUCGAACCUGCUGGUGCUGUUGAACGAUGGGAUAUUGCGGAAGGGGAUAUCUCAGUCGCUGCUGAUGCCUGUCCCCCAGCAGCGGCUGAUGACCUGGCUGACAGUGCUGGAACACGUGGAGGUCUUCACGGAGAUGUGCUCGGCCAAGCUGUGGGGCGAGGGCAGCCGCUGGCUCGUCAUUGUCCUCAUCCAGCUGUGCAAAGCGAUCCUCAGAGUCCUGCUGCUGCUCUGGUACAAGGCCGGAAUCCAGGCAUGCCCGCCCAUCGCUCCGCUUGACAGGGAGAGACGUGUGUGCAGGGAGGGCGGUGACGCACGACCCAGCAGUGAAGCUGAAGAGUCCCAGUGCUCUUGCGCCACCUUCGUCGGGCAUCGUUCUCGGAGGGUAGUCCGGACCCUUGACCGCACUCCGACGCUGUAUUUCCGUCAUUGGGGAGUUCCUCAGGAGGAGAGACGCCGGAGUUUGGACGGGAGGUCCCAGCACCCUCCGAUGGCCCUUGGCAAGCAGGAGACGGUGGCGGAGUCGCUGUACAUAGCCCGACCUUUGGUGCACCUUGUGACUUUGUGUAUCUGGGGACGGAGAUCGUGGAAGCCAUGGCUAGUGUCAGCAAUCCUGGAUAUUGCAAGCUUGAGUUUACUGAAAGACGCCAAGGCAAUGACGGCUGAAGAGCGAGCCGAGCUUCGCCGGAGGACCUUCAUGCUGCUGUACUACCUGUUGCGGUCGCCUUUCUACGACCGAUACUCAGAGGCCAUGAUCCUGUUUCUGCUGCGUCUGCUUGCCGAUCACAUCCCUGGAGUAGGAUUGGUGGCUCGUCCGCUGAUGGAUUAUUUACCAGUGUGGCAGAAGGUUUACUUUUACAAUUGGGGCUAAGCAGCCACGAGACGCUGAAAACGAUAUUGUACUCUUCAUAAACAUCUUGUGCUUUAAAAAAAAGCAUCCUGUGCCCACCUUCAGAGGAUCCUCUGUAACGGUGUCUCGUCCUGCGACCGUGGGGGGGAAUGAGCUGGCUCUGGGACUCGGUGACUGCCGCAGGGUCAGGUUAUCGCUCAUGGUCUGACGACGACUCUGUUGGAGACCAGGUCAAAUGCAACCAGAAGCUCAACAGUUGGACUAUUAACUGUGUGGCAGAGAUGAGGACGCCGUGUGUCCUUGUGACGGAGACUGCAGUCCGUGACUGCCCUUCGGGAACCCGCUCAGCACGACAACAGCUUGCCUCUUAGUUCCAGUAAUAACUCCACAAGGGAGACAAACUCAGGGCUAAAAGCUGUCGGAGACCCUUAAAAUUGUGCCGAUGACCAGCUCGCAUUUGCAGAGUCACAGGAUGGAGACCAUUUGUCCCAUUUGAGUUUGUACUGGCCGUGUGUAACAGUAGCCCCACCAGUCCCUCUCCCGUUGAAUGCUACAAUUGAAUCUGUCUUCUGGGCCGUGCAAGUCCAGGCCCUAACCACUCGCUGUGUGACGCCCAAAGUUUUCCUCAAUUCACUUUAGGUUACUUCAUUCUGGCCCCCAGAAUGGCCCACACUUCUCUGGUGAUGGCUGAACCAGUGUUAUAAAUGUUCACCAUGGUUUGCGGAAUUUGCUUCUAACCACUUUCCCAACCAGCCUGGUGGUGCAAAGGAACCUGGCUUGCAGUCUGCAUUAACUAGACCUGCGGUCAGAGUAUAGCGUCGAGCGGCUCUGGGGCAGCUGCAGAAUUAUGCGUGAAGACGAGUUAACCAGCUUGUAUCCAAGACCAGGUCUCUACCUCUUUCCUCCAAGUUGCACAUUAAACCCCCCCACGUCGCUCAACAGGUUUGUGGUCAUCUGCCCGAAUACUUUGUGGCUCAAGGUCAAUUUUUUUGUUCCUUACAAAUGGCCUUGGGGCAGUAACUUUAAAGAACAUCCUAUAAAGAGAAUCUACUGCAUCAUUGUGAAUCAGACCCCAGGCUCUUAUUUUGACUACAUGUACCUAUGAGGAUAGUCAGGCCAUCGGAUCUAUCUUGGUCUAGAGGGUCCUGUCCGUGGUCUGUCCAACCAGCUCACAGUCUGGGUAUACCCACAUGAGGGGCUCAGCUGGUGGCCUGACGCUGGCUGUCCGUGGGCACUACUGCUGUUCCUUCUGUUCUGAGCUUGCAGCUUCAGUGAUGGUCAGAUUGAGAGUUAGUGCCCAUCGUUCGAUCACGGUCAGAUUGUGUGCUGGUCACUCGGGGAGUUAAAUGUGAUCAUUACUGCCCGAGGGAAUAGUACCAUAUACCUGAGAAACCGGCCCAAGAUCCUGAGAGUAGCGGUGAGAACGUGUACUGGGCUCCCUAAUAGUCUGAUGGGACCAUGUCACAAUUGUAAGAAGGAAUGGGGUCACAGUAUUGACAGUCAGUGCCCCGAGUAUUCAACAUGCACCCUGGCCCCUCUUCACAAUAUGACCAUAACUGCUUGAAGCAACUAUUCCCAAUCUGACAGAUUGUCUGCAGGGACUGGUUGACAAUCUGACCCUAGAGACUCCUGCUUACAAUCAGAUUAUAGCUGUGGGGCCCAGCUCACAGUGACUCGAACUGUCUGACAGAGCCAGCUCAAAAUCUGAUCACAGCUAUAAAUACCUGGAGGGUCCAAUGCACAAUCAGACCGGCAGUCUGUAGGGGCCACCUCUCAAUCUGACGGACUGUAUGGCAUAGACAUCUCACAAUCUGACCUUGCCUGCCUGAGAGAUCAGCACACAAUCUGACUGUAAUUGUAUGAUGGGACUGUAGAUACAAGCUCAGAACAUCCACCGUUUAUCAGGGCCAUGGCUGACCUUCUACCUCAGUGCUACUUUCCUCCAUAUCCCUUGAUUCCCUUAACAUGCAGAAAUCCCUGGACUUGGACUUGGUGACAGAUCUGCCUCCUCUCCGUGGGCAGAGACUUCCAAAGAGUCCACUGUCCUCCGCAUGAUGACCUAACCUCAGUCCUGAAUGACUGGCCCCUUAUUUCUGAGACUCUGCCCCCAAGUGUUCUAGAGCCCUCGGCCAGGGGAGGCACCUUCCUGGCACCUGGCCUGUGGAACCCUGUAACAAAUCUGUAAAAUGUCAAUGAGAUCAAAUCUUAUUCUUCUGAAUCCCAGGGAGUACAGAGCCAGUCUGCUCUAUCCUGAUACAGCAAAUCUGCCACCCCUGGAAACAGUCUGGUAAAUCUUCACUGCAGUCCCUUUAAUGGGAUCCUUGGGGAUGGAGACCAAAACUACACGUUCUCCAGACAUGGUUCCACCAAGGUCCUGUAUAAUAGAAAGGUGUAUUUACUUUGGGACUCAAAUACUCAGAAUAAAGGCCAACAAACCAUUUGCUUCCCCAGUUGCUUGCUGCAUGUUAGCUUUUGGGACCUUAAACCUUCAACCAAUCUCUGACCACUUUGAAAAAGAAUUACUCUGUUUUUUCUGUUCUGUGCACCAAAGUGGAUGACCUUACAUUUUUCCACAUCCUGCCGUGCUCUCACCCACUUACUCAUAUCCCCUUGAAGCCUCUCUGUAUCCUGCUCUUCUGGACUCACAAUCCCACUUAGUGCAGCAUCCUCAGUGAACUUGGAUCUAUGACGUUUGAUCCCCACACCCAAAUCACAGACUCGGAUUGUGAAUAGCUGGGGCCACAAGCACCCAUCCUCGCAGUGCCCCACCAGCCAACCUGGGGGAGACCUAUCUAUUCCCCCACUUUGGUGUCUUGUCCGUUGACCAGUUCUGUGUGCUCUGACCUGUGUGAUGGACCUUGCAGAAAGCCUUUGAGAAUCCUGCUCUUGUGACACACUACUCAUGUUGCUGCCCUGAGGAGGGGCUGUGGCCU